AUGCCCGGUGCGCGUGAGAUCGGGUUGGUGGGUGCCGCGCUCGCGCUCACGGGAGGAGUCGCGUGCGCGGUGUGCUAUUUGAUGAGUAAAACACAAGAACCCAAGAAAAAAGUGAAAGACGAGCUGAAUGCGGACGGGAGCGGGAAAGAGCAUGUGCAUAAAGCGAACAAGACCGAAACUGCACUAAAAACGCCCUUAAUAUCAGAGCCCAGGACAGCACGUACUCAGGUGCUGGUUUUAGGUCUGGACGGGGCAGGAAAGACCAGUUUAUUGCACUGUUUUGCCACGGGCAGCCUGGAACAAGAUGUAAGUCCCACCCAAGGGUUCAACGCCGUCUCCAUCAACAAAGAAGAUCUUCAGAUCGAGUUCUUAGAGAUUGGAGGUACGGAGAAGCUGCGUGAUUACUGGCGGAUGUAUCUGUCUAAAGCGCGUGUGUUGGUGUUUGUUGUGGACUCGUCUGACCCUGAGCGUUUCCCUCUGGCUAAACGUCUCCUGCACCAGCUUCUGUCGGCCGACCCCUGCCUGCCUCUAGUGCUGCUCGCCAACAAGCAGGACGUCUCCGGGGCCCGUGGGAUCACUGAUCUUUACGAGGCGCUGGAUUUGGGUAACGUUGGCGACGGGCACCGACUCAGUGUGAUUGGCACUCAGGUGAAGAAAGGAAAGUCUGAGGCCAACGCCGGUGUGCAAGACGCUCGUGACCUCAUCAUAGAGAUGAUGUCAGACGAAUGACCACCAACUGUGCGUCUUAAAAUGAUUUAGGGCUAUACGGUCACCAAAGAGUCUUUAAACCAAACUACAACAAAACAGCCUGUUUUUGUAGAAGAGAGACUAGUUGAAAUAGUUUUAACGACACUAAAACAUUGAUUAAAUUGAGAAUGAAAACAGAGCAUUUUGAUGCCAAAGAUAAUCAUGUUUUUCAGUGUAUUGCUGCUUGUGUAUUAUGGGAUGUUUGAUUAUGAGUUGGAAGCCUGUGUGUUUGUGCUAGAUGAUGAGAUGCUUUAAUUGGUUUAUAAUGUAACUUGCUGACAUGUCAGUAAGAAUAGUCUAUAAUGGAAAAGUAUGUAUGUUAAUUUUGUAACUUCUAAAAUCAAGUAAAGAUUUGAUCAAGUUGGUGAUGGUCUUUUGAUAACCAUUAAAUAUUAAUUA